GUAGUGUUUAUGUAUACGAAAUUGCGAACGCAAUAACGAAAACGCUUUAACGCAUAGUAGUCAGGAACGCCACAGGGGUUCGGGAUCAGACUGCAACUACUGUCCGACGUCUGUCCUUCCGCCCGCCGACCAUCGUUCAAUAUACAUUCUCGGCGCGUCCUAUUCACCAAGGACCACGGUACUCGUCUCGUCUGUCAUCGACUGCGGAUACCAUUGCUGUUUCUCGCCGCGGACCAACGGAUUUUUGUUCUGCGUCGUCUCCUCCAGUAUGAGAGAAAGAUUACCGAUUAAAAAGCGUAUUUUAAAAUAAUGUAAUUAAGAAGAAUAAUCAUUUUUACAAAACUUACAAGAAAAAAACCGGCAUUUACAAUGAAUGAAAAAGAUGACAUAUGAACGAGGUCUACUACAUGUACCUACUUGUUAUUCCAUUAACACUUAAAUGGAAGUCAGUAUGUAGUAUGGUCGUGAAUUUGGAUGAACCGCCUUUUCUUGCUGUUGGAACAGAAGUAAGUGCCAAAUACAAAGGGGCAUUUUGUGAAGCAAAAAUAAGAAAAAUAUCAAAAACAGUAAAAUGCAAAGUUCAAUAUUCUAAUGGGAUAUCAACAUUUGUCACAGAUGAUGCAGUGAAAGGACAAUUAAAGGUGGGGGCUACUGUUGACGUAAAAUGUAGUGAUAAAAAAGAAUUAGUUAGAGCAACAAUUCAAAAGAUUCAAGAUUGUAGUCAAUACACUGUUGUAUUUGAUGAUGGCGACAUUACAUGUUUAAAAAGAACAGCAUUAUGUCUUAAAAGUGGAAGACAUUUUGCUGCUAGCGCUACUCUGGAUCAACUCCCACUAACACACCCUGAACAUAUUGGGGUUACACCUGUAAGAACCACUAUUGUGCAAGGUCGUAGAAGUCGAAAACAUAAAAAAAGUUCUGGAGAAAGUGGUGAAGAAGAAUCUUCAGCAAUGGAGGAAAAAGAUAUUGGAAAAGUAGUUUGUGUAGAAGCUAACGACAAAAAGAAAGUAAGGGACAAUUGGUUUCCUGGUUUGAUAGUUGCACCCACUUCACAAUCCUCAGUCAAAACUAAUAUUGCAGAAGACUACCUAGUUCGUUCAUUUAAGGAUGGAAAAUACUAUACAGUACCGAAAAAAGAAAUUACUGAAUUUACAAAAGAAAUUGGCGCUAGAGUAGAAAAUCCUACACUUAAAACUGCCGUCGAAAAAGCCCUAUUCUUUCUUGAUAAAGAUGAACUCCCACCUCACUGGGAUAGAGAUUUGUUGUUUGGAGUGGAUAAAAUUUGUAUUGCUACAGAUAGUGAAGCAUUUGAUAGUGAUAAUUCUGAUGAAGAAUCAAUUGAAGAAAAAGAUCAUUUUGUUGCACAGCUAUUUAAAUUUAUGGAUGACCGAGGAACUCCUCUUAAUCAGGCUCCAGUGAUUAAUGACAAAGAUGUUGAUUUAUAUAAACUUUUUAAGAUUGUUAAUAAUUGUGGCGGGUAUAAUAAAGUCAACAAAGGUAAACUAUGGAAGUUGGUUGCAAUUAAAGCUGGACAUGAACAACAGACAUUUUUUUCUGUUAAACAUUGCUAUCAACAAUAUUUACAUAGUUUUGAGGAUUUUUAUCGAAAACUCGGAUGUACUAUGUUGAGUCAUCCAAGAGGAGUUAGAUCGCGCAGCAGAUUUAGUCGCAGCAUUAUUAGGGAUGUUGAUAAGGCGUUGCCUAGCUCCUCAUCUGUGGCUGAUAAAAAUAAAUGUGCAAAAAAUGAAUUGAACGAUAAAAAAAAUAAGGAUUCUGCUGUAACAAAAAAAACAGCUAAAGCUAUUAAAGCUGAAGAAAAACUUUUAAAGAAUAAUGAAGAAACUUCAAAGAAAGGUGAAAAAAAAAAAGAAGAUAUUGCUAAUAGUACAUCACGUAAUAAACAAUCAGUGAAAUGGGAUCCUGAAAUAACAGAAACAAAAGAUCCAGUUAGAAAUUCUAAAACUAAAAAAGAAAUGAAAGACAUCUUAAAAAAGGAGAUAAAAAAAGAGAUUGAUUCUGAUACAGUUGAUGAUAAUCCAAUCAUUGAAGAGAAAAAAGGAGAGAAAAAAAAAUAUACAAGAAAUUUAUUUGGAAAAUCAGUACGAAAAACUACUAAAAAAGAAAAAGUUGUUAAAGUAAAAUCUGCAAAUACUGGUUUACCAGGUAUGAGAAAAAUGAGAGCUAUUAAAGAACAAAUCAAAACAUUUGUGAAAGAAAAUACUCCAUUCAAAAAGUCUAAAAGAGGAGUUUCUAAUACCCAGCAAGAUGCUACAAAUAAAGGAAAACCCGAUGAAGAAGUACCAAAACUUACACGAUCAAAAACCAAGGAAGAUUUACCUACUAAAUCAAGGAGAGUAUCAGUGUUAAGUGAUCUGGCUGAAAGUUCUUCUAUUGUUCAACUUACACAGUCUGGAGUUCUCGUAGAAAAUCUAAUUAAAAUUAAAAAAGAGGAAGGAUCUGAAAAGAAGAAAACUGUAAGAAAGAAAAAGGAUGAUAAAGAGGAGAAAGCGUCUUCAAACGAUAUAACUCCUACACCUGUUAAUAUUGAAAAUGUACCAUUUGAUAAAGACUCGCCGGUGGUUGUUGGAGAUAAUUUAGUAGUAUAUUAUGGAGAUAAACAAGCAACAACUUAUGAUGCAAAAGUUAUUAAUGUGUGUGAUAUUGAAGGAGUAAUGAAAUAUUACGUACAUUAUAAAGGAUGGAAUUCACGUUAUGAUGAAUGGAUAGAUGUAAUGCGUAUUGCUUAUAAAACUAAGGAUCCAGAACCAGGACCUGAAGUAGAUAAUGAUGCGGAUUCUUCAAAAAGUAGUCCUCCAGAACAAAAAAAUGUGGAUUCAAAAAAGGUACCAUCAACAAGUAGCAGAACCAGAAGGUCAGUUACUCCACUCACAUCAAAUUCAAAUAUAAAAAAAUCACCUUUUAGCAGUGCUCGACCUACUCGGACAUGUACUUUGACUGAUCGUCCAUUAUUCAAUAUUGACAAUUCCGAUUCCGAUGGAGAAUACACAGUAAGUGUAGGAUCAUCCAAACAAUACAAUAAGAAAAAAGUCAUAAAAUCUGAACCUGGUGUUAUUGUAAAAACUGAGCCAUUAGAUACUGAUAAUCAGAAAAAGACGCUUUAUCCUAAGACAUAUCCUAGUAAAGAAGUACUUAUGCAGCGAAGUGCGCCAAGAAAAUCAAAAGCAUGUGUGGUUAAAGUUCAUGCCAAUAAAUCUGAAGAAAUUGAAGUUAGUGAAAAAGUUACUCUUAAACCACCGUUUGAUUUUAAUUUUGUGGUGCCACCACCAAGUGAUAAUAUAAAAUCAAAUGCAGAUAAUGAAAAUGUAGAAACACAUAGUGAAAGUAAAAUAGACAAUAUUAUACAAAUUGAACCAAAAAUUGCUCCAAAUCAUUAUUUGUCACCUAAAGAAAAAUCUGAAAGAAAUGAUCUAGAGCAUAUUUCUGAAUCUACAAAAUGUGGGAAUGAAGAAGUUAGAAUUAAAUCCGAACCAUUAUCAAUUCCAACAAAGUCAGAAAUUUCAAGUAUCAUUUAUUACUCAUCGUCCUCUGAAGAUGAAGAACAAAAUCAAUUUAAAAAAGUAACUGAUGUCAUCUCUUCUUCAUUAGAUGAUAAAUCUGAUGAAUCUAAAAUAUCUGGUACCGAUUUUGAUCUUAACAAAAUAAGAUCAGAAAUGAAGGGACUAAUGCCAACUUCAACCAAUAGUAAUAAUGAUAUUCAAAAUACAGAACCAUUCAUAUUGGAUCAACAAUUAGAAAUAGAAGUUCCAAAAAUUAAUGAACCAGUUACAGAUGAUGUUUAUGAAUUUAAAGAAUCUGAAUCGUGCAAUUUUGAUACUAUUUCUUCUGUCACUGAAGACAAAUUUUGUAGAUCUAUUAGACAUGAUUCACCAAAAUUAUUUAACUUAGAAAAACCUGAUGAGCUACCAAGAGUCAUUGAUUCUCCAGCACAAGAGGAAGUAGUUGAACAAGAUGUGUCCAUGAUACCAUUUGUGCCUAACAGCAAUAGCAUUUAUUCAAUUGAUAAUAAUGUUGAAAUAAAAGUUUAUGAAAAUUUGAACAUUAUAAAUGAAAUCAAAAAUCCAAUUAUGAGAAAUCAAUCUGGCAAUGAGUCUAAUGAAUCCCAAAACUUAAUGAUAAGUGAUGUUACAGUAGAUACGCCAAGUAUAAAAGAAAUUGAGCAACAUUUUCAGGAUGAAGCUGUUUCCGAUUUAAAAGAUGAAGUUUUGGAUUUGUGCAUGAAACCACCUGAAUCACCACCUACCAACAUUUUUAGUAUGCCAGAGCAAAAUGAACUCAAUGGUAUGGUCAUUGAAGAAGAUGAUGAUGAUGAUGAAGAUGAUGAUGAAUCAAAAUUGGUAAUAGCUGAAAAUGAUAAAAUAGAAUCUGAUUAUCAAAUGGAUUCCGAUCUUGUGGUUAUUAGCGAAGAACAUAAUUCUUCCAAUGGACAAAUUGACGAAAACAUAGAAACACAUUCCCUGCCACCACUACCACCUAGUGUACUCGCUAGUAUUGAAUUAGAUUGGAAAAGUGCAUCUCAACUAAAAAGAGAUAUAAGUAUACCAAAAGAUACAGAUGAUGAAAGUACUACAUCUUGUAAUGAAAGCAUUCAAAAUGCUCUUAUUCAAAGUUUCCAAAUGUAUUCACAUUUUGAAAACCAUUCGAGUCAAAAUAGACUUUAUAUGGAUAAUAUUGAUGAAAAUACAAAAUCUGGUUUUGAAUUUGAUUCAAAUUCAAGAUCGCCUACAAUUGAAAGAGAAAUCGUUGAAUCUGGAAUUAAGCUUUCCAUUAAUGAAUCUUCGAUUAAUGAUAAGCCUAAAAAAUAUGAUUUUGAAGUUGAAAGUGUUAAAGUGAAAUUUGAGAAAGAAAAAACUAUGGUGCUACCAGAAUUGCAAUGUAGAGAAGAAAUAGUAGAUGAAGAUACUCUCAAUAACGCUUUAGUUAUAGAGUACAAUCGUAAAGCUGCCGAAUAUGACAUUCAUAAGCCUAGUACUAGUAAAGGUUUCUUUGAUUCGAUACAUCAACCAGGUACAAGCAAAGAUAGUUUCUAUGAAACUGACACUAGUAGUGACACAAAAAAUAGUUUCUUUGAAGCUAGUCAAACAGUCAAAAAUGUUAUUUUUGAUACAAAUGUCCCUGGAAAAAGUAGUUUAUUUGAUCCCAAUAUUCCUAGUUGCAGUAGCAAAGAUUUCUAUGAUCAUAAUAUUCCAAGUACUAGCAAAAGCAGCUUUUAUGAAAACUCUUUGCCUAGUACUAGCAAAAGUUUUUAUAAUCCUGAAUCUGAUGUAAAUAGUGUUCUAUUUUGUGAAGAAACCAUACCAGGCAGUCCAACUGGUGCAUCAGAAGAACAAUAUGAUCAAGAAGAAAGAAAAAAAGCUCUUCAAGCACUUUAUGAAGAAAGAGAAGCGGCUUCAGCUAUGUAUGCUAUGAAUCAAUCUUUUCGUAGACCAAUGAUUACAUUGAUGGGUGCUACAGAAGAAGAAAUGGAAGAAUAUACUAAUAUUCUACAAAAAGAUGGUGCAAUACUUGAUCAAAGACAUUUACAGUUCUUAGCUGAGAUUUCUAGUAGGAAUCUUGGGAUAAAUAUAAAUGAACCAUCAGUUACGGAAUCACUUGAAAGAGAACCAGAGACAAUAGUUGAGAAUAUAGUUAAGCCACCAGAAAAACUACAAUCCAAGCGCAGAAUUAGCAGUCAUGAACAACCAUCAAAACGCUGUAAAUUGUCUACUACUACUGCUCCUAUACCUUCAGUAACACAUGUUGAAAAAUCAGAUGAAGAAAAAAUACCGAUACCUCUAAAAGAUGGCAAACCAUUGGUCGUAUACACUUCAGAUAUGGAUUCGGCUCAAAGGCAAGCUGUUAUAAUAGCGAGAAUGAAUGAUCUACGAAAAGAAUAUAGUACAGUUAAAGGCCGUUUAACUGUGAUUGAUCGAAGAAAGAAAAAAAUUAAAAAGCGAAAAAGAGAGCAGGCCAAAGCUGCUAGCCUGAAUCAAAAUAGACAUUCACAAACAGCUAGUGGUUCUAGCACAUCUAAAUAAAAUUUUAUUUAGUUAAUCCACCUAUUAGAACUUAAGUAUAGAUAUAUAUGUUAACUAUUUGAUAUUAUGUCAUUGAAAAUGUAAUUCCAAUAAUAAUAUUAUAUACUUCAUUGUAUUUAUUUUAUUUUUAAACCUUUCAUAGAAGGAUAACUUAUUUUUACUCAGUAGAAUAGACAUAUUUUAAGACAGCAUAUUAAAAUUUAAAAUUGUACCCUAUUUAAUGUUACCUAUUUAGUCUUAGUUGAAAGUUGUAUGUUAGUACUUAGUAAACAAAAUUAUUUAUUUCAAUACAUUUUUAUAUUUAAAAUGCGAUAUGAGUUUAUUUUUCAGUCAUUUGAGUUUUUUCACUAUGUUUAUAAUUUGUGAGCGCGCAAAGGAAAAUUGUGCCUUAUGAAGAUCUUACUAAGUGCGUGAAUACUAAAUAGUAUUUAAACACUUCCUAUUUUGUUAUUAAAAUUAAGUGUUUUUCUAUUAUUAAACUAUUUAAUUAUUUUUUAUUGAAUAAGAUAUUUGAUUGUACUCUAACUCUAUUUAUAAUGCCAUCAUGCCCUAAUUUAUUCAAAAAUCAUGAAUUAGUACCAUAUUAUGUUAUUAUAUUUGCUGAAUAUUAUGAAAUUAUUUAAACUUUAAUGUAUUAUUAUCAUAUAAAUGGUUCUUAAAACUGUUGUUUGUGUAGGUAACUUAUAAACUAUCAUUAAUGUUGAAAUUAAGUUUUGUGUUUAUUAGAAAAUAAUUUGUAAGAAUAAUUUAAAAGUAUUUUUAUAUAAGUAAAAAGUGGACUUAUUUUAAUAUUUAUUUAUAAUUUUAUUUGUGAAUGGGUGUAUAGAGUGGAAUAGGGUGGAAAGUCAACCUAACAAACAAAUAACAAUUUUUACAUUUUUGUAUGUAUACAAUUAUUAUUAUUGAUUUUAGACAUAAUUAUAUAAUAUUUGUGAUAAUAAUGUACUCUAAUUUAAUGUUACGCCUUACAACAUAGAUGCUUUAUAAGCUGUCAGCCAUGGACAGAUCACAGAUUAUAAUAAUAAUAAAACAACUUCGAUUCCACCAA